CUAACCGACACAAAUAUUUAUUUAAAACCACGAGCCACAAAUAUUGUCGUAUGGUAACCGACAGUGAUUAUACAGUUUAUCAGCAGGAAUAAGUCAUAUUAUAAUAAAUAUCAUUAUUUUUUUUCCAUUUUAAUAAAAAAUUUAUUAUACAACGGACGUUAUCACACAAAGUUGACUCGAGAUAGUGAAAAAAAUAAUUUUUUAUAUAGUUAUUUUUUAUGAUGAAGACAUAACUGUUACUUAAUACGUCGCUUGCUGAUCGAAUCAUUUUUUUUUAAACUAAGAAAUGAAUAAUAUGAAAAUUUUUAGUGUAAUUAUUUCAAUUUGUUUGUGUUUGGUAAAAAGUAAAAGAAUUAGUGAAUCAUGUGUGCAAGAAAAUGAAGAAUUUAUUAGAUGUCAAUGUGCCGGAAAUGAGGAAUUUAAUCUUCCAACCAACAUAAACUACGAAAAUUUAACAGAUUUAACAAUAACAUCAUGCAGAUCAGCAAAUUUUCACUUCUCAAGUUUACCAAACGCUAAAAUAAUCCGUCAUAUAUUAAUUCAGAAUAUAAGCGGAAGUUUAAUGCUUGAACCCUUUGUAAUAUCAAAGAAAUUGGAUACAUUUAAGCUAAGAAAUAUAAACAAAAUACCGAUAAUAAGUCAUGAUACUUUUACAAGUAUAUCAUCUAUAAAAACAUUUGUAAUUGAAGACACAAGAAUUGAACAAUUCGACGAACAAUUUACGAAUAUAAAUAUCGAUAAUUUUAUUCUACGCAAUGUUUCGAUAAAACAAAUGAUUGGAAUAAACUUUUCCGGUCAGGGCAAAACGUUAAAAAUAAUUGACACGAUAAUUCGUAAUGUUGCGGGUAAUUUGAAUUUCGCAUUUUUUGAAACAAUCGAAAUUAUAAAUUCGACAUUUGAAUUUGAAAAACCCGGCGAUAUUCCUAUUCAAGGUAUAAAUGCUAAGAUUAUAAAUUGCGUAUUUUCAAAUGCCAGCGUUAAUUUAGUUGUCAAUGAUAAUAUAACAAUAAAAGGUAAUUGUGCUGAUGGUAAAAGUUCAUUAAGAAUAUCAUCAAAAUCUGUCCAAAGUGUUGGCAAUAGAUUACCAACGGAAAUAAUUUAUACGCAAAAUCGUGAUAAUCCUAUUUUAUUCCAUAACAUAAAUAAUACUGUAUGCAUUGCUGGUAAUUGCAAAUGCCCUAAAAGUUCUGGUUAUAAUUCGUGUUAUAAAUAUCACCCUAAUUUUUAUCUCGGUAUUGUAUUACUUGGUAUACUUUAUAAAUUCUGAAUAUAUCAAUUAGGUUACCCGAGUAAAAAAAAGGUUAAAAGUCGAAUAGUCGAACUUGGAAAUUUGCAAGAAAUUCAAACGUUCAUACGGACGAGAAAUGAGAAUAACCACAAAAUCAUGUACCUGAACAUAGUAACGUUUUUCGCGCAACGAAUAUGAAAAAAAUUUAUCUAAUUUGACUGCCUAAGGGGUGAUUGGGGUGGCUGCAGUUUUCGAUUAACAUAUUAGCGUCUGUGCGAAACAUCUCAGAAUUAGAGCAAGUAGAUUUUUUACAUUUCAUUCUGUUUUUAAAUUUUCGUUCCGCGAAAAACGUUACGAACUUGAGGUUCAUAGAAAAUCUUUAAAAAAAUUGAAAAUUUUGAAUGUUUCUGCGACUCUAUUCUGUGUUCUAUUCGAACGAAGUAAUGAAAAUUUUGAAUGAUACUGAAGUUAGCCGACAUCUAAUAAUUUUUGGAUUUUCUUUUAGACGGUGAAUUAUAAAAAAAAAAAUAUUUGAAAAAAUUGCACCUAUAGUUUUUUUAAUUUUCUACAAGUGCAUAUUCUUAGUUUUUUUAAUUUUUGUAAUUAACUAGUCGAAAAUAAAAUCCAAAAAUUUUCAAUUGUUUGCUCACUUAAGGAUCAUAAUUUUGAACCUUUUUUGAAUUUUCACACUGAGUAGGAAAAGAACGAAGGUUCGAGAAAAUCGAAAAUUUCGACCGUUCCUGCGACUGAAAUUUGUUUUUUUCCUGAGAAAAACUUGAAAAAUUGAAAAUUUAGAAAUUUUAUACCAAUGGUAUGAAAUUGAUACAUUUUCUAGAAAUGUUCUUAUAAAACUUUUGGUUUUUCUGUCUAAAUUCUACCCCAUAAUUUAUUUAUUUCUGUAUUAUUUUAAGGAUUACUAUCUAAUAUGUUUGAGAAAAGUACAAAAUUGUCUAAAAUUUCGAAGCUCGACCAGUCGAAUUUCGUUCAAACUUUUUUAUACACGGGUAUUGUUUAUUUGUAAUUAAUUUUUAUAAAGUGAAUAAAUAAUUGUUAAAUUUAAAUAAUUAGUUGUUUUUACUUACCAUUGUAGU